AUGAACCUUGAGGAAACACUGGACGCUCAAUGCCAAUGGGGCUGCCACACGAUUAGAAAGAAAAAAUCAUAUUCAACGUCUAAAACCACCAUUGUUGAUACCAUGGUUAAUGCAUUUCACAACUUUGAACAACAGGGCGAAGGUUAUCUCUCGGUGCAGUGUUUCACAGCCAUCGCUCCUUACGCUUCAAUGCACGACGAUGUUUGUUCAAUGGCUUUCGAGAAGGACAUCUGUUUAGUGAUAAUCCCAUUCGUUAAAACAGAUAGCCUUUUAUUCGCAAAGGUGAUAAAACAAGUGUUGAAAUUGGCACCGUGUUCAAUUGGAAUCUUCUUUGAUCGUGGGAUAUUUAUGGACUCUAGACCACUUUUUUUGCGUAAAGGUUCAGUUGCAGUCCAUGUUUGUGUGAUUUUUGUAGGGGGGGCUGAUGAUCGUGAGGCUCUUGUAUACAGCCAACGCAUGGCGGAGAAUACGAAAAUCUUUGUUACAGUCAUCCGGAUCGUUCCCUUACAUUGUUCUACUGCUGAUUUGAUAGAAGAAAAUCAUGAUUUAGACAUGAUUAAUAGUUUCAGGGUUAACACGAUGAAACAUAAAAAUUCUGGUUAUAUUGAGAGGAGUGUUGCAGAAGGAGCUGACACAGCAAAAGUGCUUAAUAAUUUAGGAAAUGAUUUUGAUCUCUUCUUGGUUGGAAGAAGACAUGAUGAAAAUACACCUGUAUUGUCUGGAUUAUCAGAGUGGAGCGAGUAUGAGGAGUUGGGUAUAAUUGGUGAUAUAUUGGUUUCUUCAGAUUAUAAGAGCAAGGCAUCAGUUAUGAUAAUACAACAGUCGUAG